UUCAACGACCACCACAGUUUUGCCAUUCCUUCCUUUCUUCUCCACCAAACAAAGAGAGAGUGAUGUUGAUCAAAGGCAUGGCUUCCAACUGCAAAACAUGCGCCCUUCCCCUGCUGCUGCUCUUCGCCGCGGCAAUCGCUCUAGGCAGCAACGGAGUUGCUGCUGCUGCAUCAUCUCGCCGCAUGUUGGAGCUGCCGGAGCUUCCGAAGCCCGAAUUGCCUCCUCUGCCUAAAGUGGAGCUUCCACCUCUCCCCAAGCCAGAGCUGCCCCAUCUCCCUGAUCUCCCCAAGCCAGAGCUGCCCCAUCUCCCUGAUCUUCCUAAGCCAGAGCUGCCCCAUUUCCCUGAUCUCCCCAAGCCAGAGCUGCCGCACUUUCCAGAGCUGCCCAAACCCGAAAUCCCCAAGCCUGUAGUUCCAGAGUGGCCCAAACCUGAAAUCCCUAAGCAUGAAGUUCCAGAGUUGCCCAAACCUGAUGUCCAUAAGCCCCAAGUUCCAGAGCUGCCAAAACCUGAAAUCCCAAAACAUGAAGUUCCAGAAUUGCCAAAACCUGAAGUCCCAAAGCAUGAGGUGCCAGAGUUGCCCAAACCUGAAAUCCCCAAGCUUCCAGAACUGCCGAAACCUGAGAUCCCUAAGCAUGAAGUUCCAGAGUUGCCCAAACCUGAAAUCCCCAAGCCUGAAGUUCCAGAACUGCCGAAACCUGAAGUCCCUAAGCACGAGGUGCCAGAGUUGCCAAAACCUGAAUUUCCACCUCUGCCCAAGCCUCAAGUUCCAGAACUUCCCAAACCUGAACUUCCACAUUUCCCAAAACCUGAAGUUCCACAGCUGCCUAAAGUGCCAGAGAUACCAAAACCUGAACUUCCAAAAGUACCAGAAAUGCCCCAUCUCCCUGACCUCCCAAAACCCAUUACUCCUUGAAAUCUUUCCCAGCUUGCUCUUCUGCCUGUUGAAGGUGGUGGCUGCUGCAUCUACUAGUUUCUCAUACCAUCAUUAUCCAUAUGGAUCUGCUUUGGCUGCUAGCUUUCGAUUUGUGUAACGCGAUCUGUGUGUUUCGUUACCUUUUCUGUUUCUAUUUUGUUUUAUGAUUUUGAACUUAUUAAUGUGUGUGUGUGAUUAAUGUACUUCAUGGUGUACCCGAUUAUGAUUUAUAUAUUGAGAUGGAUAUUAAUCCAUUAUAUUGAUAUGAUUAAAAUAUUUUUAAUUAG